UGACUAUCUCAUUGUGGAGCAGAAAACUAAAGUAGUAAGGUGCUUAUAGUCUAAUGUAUGCUCGUCCUGCGGUUUUCGAGAGCGGCCACGCCCUCCAGCAGAGCACUAAGCGAAAGUAAAAAUGUUAGAAUUAUUCAACCAGCUGCGUCCUCUGGUGAAGAGGGCACGAAUGAAUCUCAGUGCUGCCCGGACUCCACACGGCUGUGAUCUUCAGUCACUGCAAGAAGCUCAUCAAGUUAUUCAAUGAAAGAUGGCUGUGCCUCGACUCCCCUAUAAUUCUUUGUGUUUUUUAUCUGGAUUAAAUCAACAUGGAGUCUGAGAGAAGACUGAGAAGCAGGUGACUGACCAGAAAGGAGUCAGUGAUGGAGAAUCUGCCAGUGACAAAAAGAGAAACUCAUGCAACAGCUGGUCAAAAGGAGGAUUCUCCUUUGUAGGAUGGUCAGAGACAAUCUUCAUGGGAAUGUAGUACAUAGAAAACAGAACUACACAGCAGACACGCAGAACCAAAGCCAACCCCCUGAGGAACAUGCAGCACUAGAACGAGCCCGGAGCCCAGAGAUAGUUCAACCUGAGAGCCAAGAGCCGACGGAGAGGCAGCUCGAUUUACUGCUCUGGCAAAAAUUCAACUUAAAUGGAGAACCGGGAAGCUCCUGCCAGCCAUUCACUGGAGCCAAUGCUGAGAGCUUGCCUACACACCUCCGUCCAUUCAGCAGCGCGGAAGAGUACAGAUUAGUCAAACACACACACCAUCAGCUCCAACACAGCGGCUUCUACUGGGGAUCAAUGACCAUGGAGCAGGCACAUGAAAUACUCACAAGGGCCCCACUUGGUACCUUCCUCAUUAGAGACAGCGGCCGGUCUGAUGUUUUCUUUACCCUCAGCUACCAAAGUGACGACGGCCCGACUAGUGUGCGUGUCCUGCUGAACAACCUGCUGUUCAGUCUGUACGGCAGCAGCAGGACUUUUGAUUCACUCUUUGCUCUGCUCACGUUUUACACUGGCUCCUCCUGUAAACUGACCUCUCCUUAUCGCAGGCAGCGUCCUGAGCACCUGAAGCAGAUGUGCAGGAGGGCUGUGAUAGGCUUAUAUGGAGCAGAACAUUUAAGCACCUUACCUGGACUUUGCCCGCAACUUAAAAACUAUGUUCAGUCGUACAGCUGUUGUAUAUAGACGUUGUUUAUGUUGUAAGGUAAACAAACAUUCUAUAUUUGUGUUGUUUUCCAUUUGAUAAACAAGACAAAUACAGCCUAUGUAUUUCAUCUGCAAAUUGUUCAAGGGUUAUUUGCACACAUUGUCAUAUAGUAUGUAUUUUACAAGGUACUAGUAGUACAUAUUUAAAGUUUUUUCCUCUUUUACAUCACACAAAUCCUGUGUAAAGGGCUGAGAAAAAUAUAUAUUCCAAUCGCUAUUUAUAUUUUGUAUUAAAAAUCCAAUACCUGGCCGCCAUAUAGCUCAAUUGGUAGAGUUGGCGCUUGGCAGGUUGGACCCAGGUUUGAAUGUGGCUUGGGCGCAUUUCAUCCCCUCUGUUUCCCCCCUUCUAAUCUACAAUAAAGUUAAUGGUUGCCCAAAAAAAAUCAAAUACCAAAAGCAACAGUGGCUAAUGUUAACAUUGUGACCACUGUCAGAGCAAAAUUCAUCCAAUUUAAUGAGGCGAAAUGUUCCGUAGGAGAGACUGAAAUGUCUGGCUUCCUUAUGAAGGAAAUCCAUUCCUAAUCCUAUUGUCAAUAUGCUGCAUCUAACAGUGUGCUGGAAAACAAUCCAAUUUGCUGUGCUGGUAGGCACCAGUGUGAAAACAGUCAAAUAGUUUUUGUGGUCAAAUACGGCAGAUACAACAUUAUAAAGCACAUGUAUCUUUUAGUUAUGUUAUUUGUAUUUAUAAGUUUAUAAAUGAUCAUAAGAAAACUGUUUAAAUGUGCAUAUUUGGAAGAUCCAGUUUAUUUUUACAGAAAAAGGCUACUUCAUGUAGAAAGAGCAUUUCACAUGAACUGUGUGGAAUAAGUACCCUAACGUAUUGUUAAAAAUAUAUAUUAUUCUAGAUUUAACAUAGGCCUGAAGGAGAAUCCAGCACUUGAUGAAUCUGUCAUUUCUGAAAAUGAAAAUGAAACUGAAGACUUCAUGAUUAUUGCCUACUUGUGAUUUUUACACAAAUAGGUCGCAAUGUUCAUGAAGGUUAUUUGAUGUAAAUAUUGAGGUCUUAUAUGUGUUAUUAAGGUAGUUUUAGGCUUUUUUACCUCAAAGAAGGAGCAUGCCACUAGUGUUUGUCGAUACUUUUUUGAGAAUGUUGAUCAGUGUGGAUGCUUGCAUUGUUGUUUUAUAGUCUUAUUUGUGGUUAGUGUUGUUGAUGGCCUAAACUGCUUCCAUGAUGCACCAAUUGAAACGUCCUCAAAAAUGUAAAACUGCUGCUGUUUAAAGCUGCAUUAAUUGAUGUUUGGCCACUAGGGAAAAAAAAAAAAAACAUCAAUUGAAGCUAACAUAUCACUAUUGUAAUAUGUUAUGGCUGAAAUAUUUGCUAACAGCUUCAUGACAACUAAUCUGUUAAUAAAUUAUCUUUUUCAAAUUGUUCUGAACAGAAACCACGAGUCUCCACGAUUGCAUUUUUUUUUUUAAUCUUGUUAUGUCGCAGUUGUGAGUCAAUUAUCUCGUAAUCGCAGGACAAAAGUGUAUUUUUCUUUUCGUAAUGGUUUAAUUAUCUCAUUAUCUUCAGAAAACAAUAAGCAUGUUUCCCUGGAAAAAUACUUAAUUUUCAUUAGGAGGCGUUUUUGGGAAGUUAUGGAUAAAGCAUCAAAUAUUGUAUCUUAUAAUCAACCUAUUUUGCAAGUUUAAUAUAGUAUAAAGUAAACAAUAUUACCUGGUUUACUUUCACCUUUGUUUUCUGAAAAUAAUUAACAUGUUAUUGCAUAUGCAACUUUUUUUGGUGUUUUUUUAGGUUCUCCUUUAACAAUUUUGUUUCCCCCUGCUCUGUAGCACUUUUAGACUGCUGAAAUGAAAAGUGCACUACAAAUCAAAUGUAUUAUUAUUAUUAUUAUUAUUAUUAUUAUUAUUAUUAUUAUUAUUAUUAUUAUUAUUAUUAUUAUCAUUAUUAUUAUUAAUAUUGAGAGGACCAAAGACUCAAUUAGAAAGUAAGUCAAACAGAAAAAAUGUGCUAAAAGAGGCUGACAUUUUAAACAUAGGUUAAUGGUAUUGAUUAAUGCACUUUCAAAGUCUGGACUCUAAUCGUCUAUUAUAACACCCUUGAAAUAAUUUGACAUCUCUUAGUGUUUUCAGUCCUGUCGAACAACAAACAUUUUACUAGAGUGUGACGCUUUGCAAAAUAUUGGUUCCUGUUCAAUAAAUAAAAAUCCUUCAAGCUGUAAUGCAACCCUGAGGCUAAAUUACUGAAUGGGCAAAGUGGGAAACUGCCUGGGGUCCCCUUUGAUCCCCUUAUUGUGUAGUACAUAUUUUUUAUUUUUAGCCAUGCAUGUGGAAUGGCUGUCUGUCUGCUGGUUUAUUUUGUUCGAUACUUUUGUUUUAAUUACAUUCUCAUCAGACUGAACUGUAAACUCUGUUUAGUGCUAUUUAGUAUGAUAACAUGCUAAAAUGUGAAACCACAAUGGUCCUUAUGGUAAAUAUUAUUCCUGAUAAACAUCAACCCAGUAACAUUA